AGACGAUGUUCGGAAAUAGUCAAAAGUAUGUGAGGACGUUGUUGAGGUUGAGUCCUUCGCAAGCGCAGCACUCAACACUCUUCGGUGAUAUUUGCAGCAUUUCUAUCUUUCAAGUCAAAUGGUAAAAAAGGAUCUCGCUUUACUUUUUCGCUUUUGAUCCACCUCGCAUACGCAUGUUCUUUUGUGCAGUUGCUUCACCCUUUUGUGCCUCAAGACUUUUACGACAUUCUAAAUUUUCGCUCACUUUUGCUUAGCUACGCGCGUGUCAAGAUCAUCUUCAUUCCACUUUCGACUUGAUAGAGGUAUUGUUUGUGUGUGUACAGUCUGGCGACAGCCAAAGUUUAACAGAUGGCGAAGACGAAAUAAAGUUUUGAUGUUUAUGAAAUUGCUUUCGUAUAUUUUUUUUUUACGAAUAAUUUAUUUUCGACGUACCCAUUGAUCCCCAGCGACCCCUCAGUAUAGUGCAGAAAGGUACUUCCGUGUUCAUAAACUUCAGCAGUCACAUUGCCUACCGAAAGCGCGCCACUCCUUGUUUACUUCAGCUUCGACUAGAACGACAAUAUUGGAAACGCAUAGAGUGAAUUAUGGCCGCUUCAAGUUCUUCGCGCCCUCUUUUGAAACUGACUUCGCGGGGUAUUACUUCCGCACCUCGUCCUUCGCUGCAAAUUUUCGGCGCCUGUAGUCAGCCUUCCCAAUGCGGAGGCAUUACUGGGAUUGACUCAAGGGGAUUAUGCUCGACGGCGGCACGUCGAGUAGCAACGAUCAGUCACCGGCGUCACUUUGCCGUGUUCCUGUCCAGCAAGACACCUGACACUUCUCGCACUCCACGGCCAAAACCAACGUCGCCCUCUAUUUCUACUUUCGCGUCUUCUCUUCCACGGGUGGACAGUAGAACAUCAACUACUCUCGAUCUGCAUGGAGGCCGGGAACUACACGCAGUGAACUUGAACACCGUGGGUCUUGCAGCUCUAAGAGCGGCGAAUCUUAAUAUUUCAAACUCCAGCCCGAUUAUAGCACGUCGACCGGUGCACCACAUCGUGAAUCAGGCAAGGUAUCACGGCAGCCACAAGGCCGAUCCGAAUGCAGAGCGCAUAAAGCUCCAGUUCGAGAUUCCGAAUGAGGGUUUGAAAACCGUAGAUGCCGAGGUGGGAAAAUCCCUCCUGGAGGUCGCGCACGCCAAUGAGAUUCCGGUGGAGGGCGCCUGCGAGGGGAGUUUGGCCUGCAGCACCUGUCACGUCAUUCUCUCGGAAAAGCUGUUCAACAAGCUCGAAUACCCCACGGACGAAGAACAGGACAUGCUGGACCUCGCCCCGGAGCUCACGGAAACCAGUCGUCUCGGGUGCCAGUGUUUGGUCACCAAGAACCUGUACGAGAAUGAGGUGAUCCAGCUGCCAAAACACACACUGAAUUUCUACGUCGAUGGCCACAAACCCGUCGGGCAUUGA